UCUUUCUUUCUCUGUCUCUGUCUCUUUCUCUCUCUCUCUCUCUGCGAAUUUAUAUACAGAAAAUUUUGGUGGAUUGCUUAUGUGUGGUGUGAAGGAGUAAGGAAGGAUAGAGGUCCGAAGGGGAAAGGUGGAGAAGAAGAAGAAGAAUCAUCCGUAGGGGAAGAAGAGAGAAAGAGAUGGUUUCGAGGAACCCAAAGAAACCACAGAGCAACCCUUUGUUCUCUCCCUCCAACAAGGAGUAGCAGAAGAACAAAGAGAAGGGAAGGGAAGAGGUUCUCUUUAGUUUGGUUUUGUGCUCCUUUGUUUUCUUCUAUCCCUCUCUCACUCUUUCUCUCCUUGUAUUUGGCUUCGAGUGCAACUGUUUGUUUGGAUUGCCGGCUCCCUUUGUUCUCUAGUAGAGGUAGCAAGAGUCACCAGGUGGUAGAAUUUGGAGGUUUUUGUUUAGGGUCUGUCUUGUUGGUGUGUAGAUCCACACUCGCGUACUAAGAUUUGGGUUCUUGCCCUCCUCCUCCCCUUCCCUUGGAUCUAGAAAAGGGAUAGCUACACAGUGAUGGAUAGAACAAAGGCGAGACGGUGGUUGCAUGUUGUGUAGCGAUGGCUCUUUUGUGGCUUUGAUUUGGACUCAUCAGUGAUCCUUACAGAAACCAGAAAGCAGCUUCUACUGAGAGUAGGGAGACCAAGAACACAUCCAAGAAGAAGAUGGCAACGGCUUCGUCGUCGGUACCUUUCUUUGGAAUCAGAGAGGAGGAGAAGCUCAACACCCAGCAGCAGCGGCCACAGCCAUCAUCAUCGUCGACGCCGACGGCAGCUGCUCCUCCCAAGAAAAAGAGGAACCUCCCGGGAAAUCCAAAUCCCGACGCCGAGGUGGUCGCUCUGUCACCAAAGACGCUUCUUGCGACGAAUAGGUUCAUCUGCGAGGUGUGCAACAAGGGGUUCCAGCGGGAGCAGAACCUGCAGCUGCACCGGCGCGGCCACAACCUACCAUGGAAGCUGAAGCAGAAGAACCCCAAGGAGGUCCGUCGCCGCGUGUACAUCUGCCCGGAGCCGACAUGCGUCCACCACGAGCCCUCACGCGCCCUUGGCGACCUCACCGGCAUCAAGAAGCACUACUGCCGCAAGCAUGGCGAGAAGAAGUGGAAGUGCGACAAGUGCUCGAAGCGUUAUGCCGUGCAGUCGGAUUGGAAGGCGCAUUCCAAGACCUGCGGUACUCGCGAGUACCGCUGUGACUGCGGAACCCUGUUCUCCAGGCGUGAUAGCUUCAUUACCCAUAGAGCCUUCUGCGAUGCAUUAGCACAGGAAAGUGCGAGGAUCCCAGCCGGCAUCAACACCAUUGGCGGCAGCCACUUCUAUGGCAACACCGGAAUACAUUUGGGCCUUCCUCAGUUGAAUUCGCAACUCUCAUCCUUACAGGAGCAGACGCAUUGUGGAAAUGACAGUGCAGCACCGUUCAACCAUGUCACCUUGCCGUCCUUCCGACCACCUCAGUCUGCCACUCCCUUCUUUCUCGGCAGCGGAUCGAGCCAAGACAUCCAUGAAGACACUCAGUUGCUUCAAAGUAAACCUUUCCAUGGCUUGAUGCAACUACAGGAUCACCUCCAACACAACACCAAUGCCUCGUCCUCCUCCUCUGCCGCGGCUGCGACCGAUCUUUUCAACCUUAGCAUCUUCUCCAACAGUAACAACAGGAGCGUCAUCACCAACAGCAGCAACUCUGGGAUCAACCAAAAUGCUCACCUGCUGAUCUCUGAUCAUUUCAACAACGCUAGUGGAAGCAAUGAGCCAAACACACUCUUCGCAGGAAAUCAUCUCAUCAGCAACCAUAUCGAUGCAAACAUGUUUGGCCAAUCGGUGACCACUGAAUCGGUGCCACCACACAUGUCAGCAACUGCGCUUCUUCAGAAGGCCGCGCAGAUGGGUGCAACAUCCAGUUGUAGCAGUGCGAGCUCCUUGCUUAGAGGAAUCGGCAGCUUAUAUUCCAGCAAUUCAAAGAAUGCAGGUUUUCAGGCAUCAGCAACCCAGGUGGAGAACGAGAGCCAUUUCCAAGACCUUAUGAACUCCCUCACCAACGGAAACACCAGUACAUUUAAUGGUGGGAAUCAUCAAAAGACUGGGUUCAGCGGCUUCAUCUCAGGCAUCGGCAACAUGAACGAGAGCAAGCUACAGCGUAACCUAUCCGCCAGUGGCCUUGGAACCUCUGACAGUUUAACCAGAGAUUUCCUUGGGGUUGGAAGCAUGAUGAGGAGGGGGGGGAUAACGCAAAGAGAGCAGCAUCUCGGCAUCGACAUCAGCUCUCUCGAUCCGGAACUGAAGUCUGGAUCCUCGACUCGAUCUUUUGUCGGUGGCAGUCUGCAGUAAUUGAUACUGAAGACGAGGCAGACUUAGCAGGUAUUGUUCUUACUGUUUGUACUGUCACUGUUAAAGCUAGUUUAGUAGGAUCGCAAUAACUGGACUUUGCAUUAGCAAGCGUUAUCUUUAAGGUCUCAAGGCAAUCUUAACCUGCAAAAUUUUCGUUCU